ACUCUUCCUUUCCUCUCAUCACAUCUCAAUUAUCAAUUGAACAAACAUUUCUUUUUCUCUCUCAAAUCUCAAUGGCUCGUACCAAACAAACAGCUCGCAAAUCCACCGGAGGCAAAGCUCCAAGGAAGCAACUCGCAACCAAAGCCGCUCGCAAAUCUGCUCCGGCCACCGGAGGAGUUAAGAAGCCUCACAGAUUCCGUCCAGGAACUGUUGCUUUAAGAGAGAUCAGAAAGUAUCAGAAGAGCACAGAGCUUCUCAUCCGCAAGCUCCCAUUCCAAAGACUGGUUAGAGAAAUCGCUCAGGAUUUCAAAACAGAUCUCCGAUUCCAAAGCAGUGCUGUUUCUGCUCUUCAAGAAGCCGCUGAAGCUUAUCUUGUUGGUUUGUUCGAAGACACUAAUCUUUGUGCGAUUCACGCAAAGAGAGUUACUAUUAUGCCGAAAGAUAUUCAACUUGCUCGCAGAAUCAGAGGCGAGAGGGCUUAGAUUCUAGUUUUGUUUCUAAGUAUCUGCCUUAUGUAGUUGUUGAUUUGUUAGGGUUUGAUUCAUCUGUUAUGAAUCUUGAUGUAGCAAUGCAUUGAUCUACUACUGUGUGUUUGUUCAAAAAUUGAAUCUACGAUUCUAUAUGUUAUAUUAUGCAUUAUUGGGUUCAUUGAUUAAA